AUGGAAAUGAGGAAUGUCAACAACUUCUUUGUCGCCCUCUUUGUCUCCGCUGUGUUAGUGAGCUCAGCCACGGCGGCCACCAUGGAGUCUCCAGCUCCAGCACCAGGUACUUCCUCAGCCACCGUGGCUUUUCCAGUGGUUGGAUCCAUCGUUGGUGCAUCACUCUCCGCCUUCUUGGCUCUUCUCUUGCAGUAAAGAGAUAUAUUGAGGAAGGACUUUUAAGAGAUAUGUAACAAAAACUCUUUUUUGUUCUGAUUUGUUCCUUAGAACCUA